UUUGAAUUGGGAGUGAACCAGGGUCGACGCUGACCCAGGGUCGAAGUCACUACAGAUAGAGAGUUGUUGACAUUAAUUUUUUUGGUCAUUAUAAGUGUUUUGGUUUAAAAAAAAAAAAUAGAAAUAGGAAUUCUACAUAAAUGUCGUUAGUAUUUAUCUGUGUAGACAUGAGGUUUGUUUAAACGAUAAAAACAGUGCAAAAGAAAUGUUAGUCUAGCAUUCAGUUAGCCAGCUAAGAAGACAAGCUAACAAGCUAGCUGAAGUUAUUAGAAUAAAAAAUGGACUCGAAUGGCAAACCUUCCACAAGCCAGAUUUUGCUCUUGGCCACCAGUUCAGCUCUCACUGCUCUCCUUUACUCGGUGUACAGGAAGAAGGCCAGCAGUGCUGCCAGAUUGAGAGAAGCCAAGAAAAUAUCAUUAGAUCAAGAUCUGCAGAGCAUCCUUGCUGAAGCUCCAGGCAAAUGUAUACCAUACGCUGUUAUUGAAGGGGUUGUUCGGUCUGUUAAAGAAACCUUGAACAGUCAGUUUGUGGACAGCUGCCGAGGUGUGAUCGCCAGACUGACACUAAAGGAGAAGAAGAUGGUGUGGAAUCGGACCACUCAUAUCUGGAACGACUAUGAAAAGGUCAUCCACCAGCGCACCAACACUGUACCCUUUGACCUCGCGUCACACGAUGACACCAUCACAGCCACUGUGCGCGUGAUCCGCCCCCUGGACGCCGAGCUGGACCUGGACAAGACGUACGAGAACUUCCACCCAGCCACGAGCUCCUUCACCAGCAUCGUGGGUCACUUCCUGAGCGGCGAGCGGCCACAGGGCGUGACGGAAAUGGAGGAGAUGCUGCGGCUGGGCACAAGCAUCACCGGCGUGGGCGAGCUGGUGAUGGACGGCGGAUUGGUGCGUCUGCAGCCACCCAAACAAGGAUUGCGCUACUUCCUGAGCAGCCUGGACUACGAAACGCUGCUGGAGAGCCACAAGAGCAGCGCGAGGUUCUGGAGAGUUCUAACGGCACUCAUGGGUCUGGCAGCGUGCGCUACACUGGUGUACGUGCUGUGGAGGCGCUACACCUGGCACAGGGAGAAGAAGAAGGAGCGUGAGAUGAUGGAGGAGUUUGAAGAGCAGAGGAGGAGGAGGACGGACGGGGAAGAGGAGGCCGUGCAGCUUGGAGCUUGUGUCGUGUGCCUGAGCCACCAGCGCUCGUGUGUUUUUCUCGAGUGUGGCCACGUGUGCACGUGCUGGCAGUGUUACCGCUCGCUGCCUGUGCCAAAGAAGUGCCCCAUGUGCAGGUCUACUAUAGACCGGGUGGUGCCUCUGUACAACAGCUAAUCACCUCUCAGAAGAGAAAACCCAGAGGCUUAGAUUGUGUAGUUUUUUUGUGAAAAUAUUUAAAUUUUCCAGCAUGGUGGUAGGUGCUAUACCGAAUCUGGGUGAAAAUCCAAAACGUUUAUUUAGCCUUCUGAACACCAAAUGUGACAUGCGAUCUGCUUAACAUAUAAGUAAAUAUAUAUAAAUAUAGAGCUGAUGAUUAAACAAUAAAUAAAUAUAUUGUGAUAAAUAGUAGAGCAAAAUACCUCGAUAAUGGUUGUGGCAAAAAUCAGGAAAUAUUUGUUUAUGAACUUUCUUUCACAUAAAUUGUUGUGAUGUUAUAUUAUACUGUAUGAUGGAUUAAUGAGCAGCAGGCGGUUCUAACUGGUUUCAGAGCGGUGUUAGAACAAGUGUUCCUGCUCUCAGGGCUGCUCUGAUUGGCUGCUGGCAGCCAGAGAGAGAGAGAGAGGGAGAGGGAGAGGGAGGAUGAAAAUUGAACAAUAUGAAAUUUUCAGGUUGAUUAACAUCAGCUCUGUUACCAAAAUGGACUUUCCAAAUGGAAUAAAAGCACUCACAUUUAUUAUACUACAACAGCACUUCCUUUAUAAAGAGGAGAAAAGCCUGUGGACUGUUUUGCUUGACCACUGAAAGUGAUUUAUAGCUGUGUGAAGACAUUGUGGUCUCAUGGGUGUUGGGUGAAUUUUAAGAUUUGGCAGAUGAAAAGUUUCAUGGGUGAAAAGUUUGACACAACACGCUUUAUGCACAAUAUACAUGUUAAACAGAUAUAGGUUGUUUUGUUUUUUUUUUGUUCAAGGGCUUUAAAAUGAUGCUUGAAUUCUUUUCCUUAAAAAAAAAAACAAGUAUUACUUGUCAUAAAAGGCUUCAAUAAAGUUUUCUUCCGAUAUAUCACAAAAAAUAUCAAAAAAUAUCACAAAAAAUAAAAUGUGAUUUCAGAA